GCGCAUGCGCAUGAACAGCAGUCCGCGGGACCUGCUUUCGGCUCGGCCCCGGGAUAGUUCCUCCUCCUCCUUCGGCCGGCCUGUCCUGGGUGCCGCUUCCGGGACGCUCAGGCCGGUUCCGGGGUGACCGGUGCCUGCUUUUUCUCUCUCUCCCUUUCUCUCUUCCACGAUCGCGUUCCCCUAGACGCCAUUUACCGGCUGGUGGCUGGUGGUGGAACCUCCCCGCCCCCACCCCAUCCCGUCAGAGAGAGCGCGCGCCGCGCCCCAGGAGCCAAUCAGCAGCCACCUUAGGCCACCAUGUCUGAGUCUGGGCACAGUCAGCCUGGGCUCUACGGCAUAGAGAGGCGGCGACGGUGGAAGGAACCGGGUCCCGGUGGCCCCCAGAAUCUCUCUGGGCCUGGCAGUCGGGAGAGGGACUACAUUGUACCAUGGGAAAGAGAGAGACGGGAUGGCAGCGAAGAGACGAGCUCGUCGGUCAUGCAGAAAACCCCCAUCAUCCUCUCAAAACCUCCAGCAGAGCGGUCAAAGCAGCCGCCGCCUCCAGCAGCCCCAGCUGCCCCGCCUGCCCCAGCCCCUCUAGAGAAGCCCAUCGUCCUCAUGAAACCUCGGGAGGAGGGGAAGGGGCCUGCCACCGCAACAAACGCCCCAACCCCCGAGGGCACUGCCCCACCACCCCCUGCAGCGCCCGCACCACCCAAGGGAGAGAAGGAGGGGCAGAGACCCACACAGCCUGUGUACCAGAUCCAGAACCGGGGCAUGGGCACGGCCGCCCCAGCAGCCAUGGACCCUGUCGUGGGCCAAGCCAAACUGCUGCCCCCAGAACGCAUGAAGCACAGCAUCAAGUUGGUGGAUGACCAGAUGAACUGGUGUGACAGUGCCAUCGAGUACCUCUUGGAUCAGACUGAUGUGUUGGUGGUUGGUGUCCUGGGUCUCCAGGGGACAGGCAAGUCCAUGGUCAUGUCACUGUUGUCAGCCAACACGCCUGAGGAGGACCAGAGGGCAUAUGUUUUCCGGGCCCAGAGUGCUGAAAUGAAGGAACGAGGGGGCAACCAGACCAGUGGCAUCGACUUCUUUAUUACCCAAGAGCGGAUUGUUUUCCUGGACACGCAGCCCAUCCUGAGCCCCUCCAUCUUGGAUCACCUCAUCAACAACGACCGCAAGCUGCCUCCAGAGUACAGCCUGCCCCACACCUAUGUUGAAAUGCAGUCACUCCAGAUUGCCGCCUUCCUCUUCACCGUCUGUCACGUGGUGAUCGUCGUCCAAGACUGGUUCACGGACCUCAGUCUGUACAGGUUCCUCCAGACGGCAGAGAUGGUGAAGCCCUCCACCCCGUCGCCCAGUCACGAGUCCAGCAGCUCGUCAGGCUCCGAUGAAGGCACUGAGUACUAUCCCCACCUGGUUUUCCUACAGAACAAAGCUCGCCGAGAGGACUUCUGUCCUCGAAAGCUGCGGCAAAUGCACCUGAUGAUCGACCAGCUCAUGGCUCAUUCCCACUUGCGUUACAAAGGUACGCUGUCCAUGUUACAGUGCAACAUCUUUCCUGGCCUUCCGGCCGACUUCCUGGACUCUGAGGUCAACUUGUUCCUGAUGCCCUUCAUGGACAGUGAGGCCGAGAGUGAGAACCCACCCAGAACAGGACCAGGUUCCAGCCCACUCUUCUCCCUGCUCCCUGGGUACCGUGGCCACCCCAGUUUCCAGUCCUUGGUGAGCAAGCUCCGGAGUCAAGUGAUGUCCAUGGCCCGGCCACAGCUGUCGCACACUAUCCUCACUGAAAAGAACUGGUUCCACUAUGCCGCCCGGAUCUGGGACGGGGUGAAAAAGUCCUCUGCCUUGGCAGAGUACAGUCGCCUGCUGGCCUGAGGCCACGGAGAGAAUGUCACUGGGACCCCUUCUGGGUCCCCUGUGCAUGGCCGGGAGCACACACAUCCCCCUCCACCCCAUGCGAGGAGGAGGGAAGUGGCAGCAGGCCUGACAGAUGAGGGACCUCGACUUUCACGCCCUGAGACACGGACCAGUCCUAGGUGUUCAGGACCAGGCCCUCCAUGGAGUGGUGUGCAAGGAUGGGGGACAGCUCUGAGAUGUCACCUCCAGGCAAGGGGCCGGCCCCACGCGAGCAGGCAGGAGUCUGAGAACACUGGAAGCCCAGGCUCCAUCUUCGCCUCCCUCUGCAGGGCAGGACAACACGCCCUGCUUUCCUGACACUCAGCCCUUUCUUGAGGCAGCAUCUGGGGAGCUCUUUAUUGGGGUGCAUCUGGUGUUUCAAUAAAAAGUCACACAAGCCUGUUCUGGUGGUAACUCUCCUUCCCCUCCCCAGCAUGCUGUCUUGGGAU